AUGGACGACAAAGGUUCACAGCGAGCAUUGCUGGCUCAAACGGUCAAUGAAAUCGUCAAACUUCUUAUUGAAGCUCAUAACCAGAAAAAAGAUGUGAACUUGAAUCGGCUAAAAUGUAUUGUUGCACAGAAAAAUGGACUCAGCUUCCAACCAAAACUGGUAGAUAUCAUUGCUGGAGUUCCAGCGGACUACAAGGAUACUCUUCUACCAAAACUUAAGGCAAAACCAGUUCGAACAGCUUCUGGAAUCGCAGUUGUUGCAGUGAUGAGCAAACCACAUCGUUGUCCGCAUAUCAAUUUCACUGGAAACAUUUGCGUUUAUUGUCCAGGAGGCCCAGAUUCUGACUUUGAGUACUCUACACAAAGUUAUACUGGUUACGAGCCAACAAGCAUGAGAGCCAUCCGAGCAAGAUAUAAUCCGUAUUUGCAAACACGUGGAAGAUUGAAUCAGUUGAUGCAACUAGGUCAUUCUGUCGACAAGGUCGAGUUCAUCGUGAUGGGAGGAACAUUCAUGUCACUACCAGAGGAUUACCGAGAUUUCUUUAUUCGCAAUCUCCAUGAUGCUCUCAGUGGACAUACUUCUGCUUCAGUUGAAGAAGCGGUUGCCUACUCCGAGAGAUCCAAAAUGAAGUGCAUUGGAAUUACCAUUGAAACCAGGCCAGACUACUGUCUCCCACGUCAUCUGAAUGAUAUGCUUCUGUACGGAUGUACACGCCUGGAAAUCGGUGUUCAGUCAACAUAUGAAGACGUGGCAAGGGAUACAAAUCGAGGUCAUACCGUUAAAUCAGUUUGUGAAACCUUCCAUAUGGCAAAAGACACUGGAUACAAAGUUGUAAUCCACAUGAUGCCUGAUUUACCUAAUGUUGGAUUGGAAAGAGACAAAGAGCAAUUUUUGGAGUUGUUUGAAAGUCCAGCAUUCCGUCCGGAUGGCUUGAAACUUUAUCCAACGUUAGUGAUUCGUGGAACAGGAUUGUACGAGCUGUGGAAAACUGGAAGAUAUCAAAGUUAUCCACCAUCAGUGCUUGUUGAUCUAAUCGCAACUAUUCUAUCAUUGGUUCCUCCAUGGACGCGUGUUUAUCGUGUGCAAAGAGACAUUCCAAUGCCAUUGGUUUCAUCAGGUGUUGAACAUGGAAAUCUCCGAGAGCAUGCAAUGGCAAAGAUGAAGGAGCUUGGAUUGAAAUGUCGGGAUGUUCGAACAAGAGAAGUUGGAAUUCAGGAAAUUCACAACAAAGUUCGCCCCGAAGACGUCGAAUUGAUCCGAAGAGAUUAUACGGCUAACGGUGGAUGGGAGACAUUCAUUUCGUAUGAAGAUCCAAAACAAGAUAUUCUCAUUGGAUUGCUUCGAUUGAGAAAAAUCUCUGAUAAAGCUCAUAGAGCAGAGUUGAAGGGUAAUGUGUCUGUAGUCCGUGAGCUUCACGUAUAUGGAUCAGUUGUCUCGGUAGCCGACCGGGAUCCCAAGAAGUUCCAACACCAAGGAUACGGAUCACUGUUGAUGGAAGAAGCUGAAAGGAUAGCAAGAGAAGAACAUGAAUCAGAUAAGAUUGCAGUCAUCUCGGGAGUUGGAACCCGCGACUACUACCGCAAGCUUGGUUAUGAAUUGGAUGGUCCCUACAUGAGCAAGACUCUUGAUGCUUCGUCAGCCGCAUAA